CAGCGCGCGAGGCUGCACUUGUAGUGUGGAAGGAAGUUGGCUCGAGGCUUCGUGGCUUCACUCUUCGCAGCGCCACUUGCACUCCGGCAUUAUGAGCAGAGCUGGCCAGAGCUGCGCGCCUUUCUGAAUUACGUGCUGAGUGAUUAGAGAUCAUGGAGUUGGGAGCCCGCGUCCUCGUCGCCUUCCUCGCCUCCCAGAUUGUGUGCACUGCAGCUCAAGAGGAGGCGGAGGAGGCAGCAUGCUCACCUGGCUUUCAGGUGAAGAAGUACCAUGUGGAGUAUGAUGGAGGGUUCCUGAAAGAUCAGCCUCUCCUGCAAGUGGUGUUUGAUGACUGUGAGGGGAAUAAGGAUGUGGAGUUUGAAGUGUCUCACCCCGACUUCCUGAUAGAUGAGGACCUGAAUCUGGUCCCAAGACGAGAUGUAGCUGACAGUGGGACGGUCAUAUUCAUUCACUGGCUCAGUGACCACGCUGAUAACACAGCGCAGGUGGACAUAAUUGGAGCGCCAUCCCAAUCUACCCAUACACUCAGGGAGAUUCUGGGUGUUGGAAAGAUGACGCCAUACAGGUCGAAGAGAUCCCUGCUGGUGCCGCCCAUGUUUGUGCCUGAGAACCAGCGUGCACCGUUUCCCAGGUCCAUCGGAAAGUCACAUGUGAUCUCAUCUGAUAUGAAAGAGGACCACAUUUUUCGGCUGACGGGAAAAGGGGCAGAUCAGGAUCCGAAAGGUGUGUUCAGCAUCAACAAACUGACAGGAGAGGUUGCAGUGAGCCGCGCCCUGGACCGAGAGGCCAUAGCUUUUUACCAUCUCCAAGUGUCAACCACAGACAUGACUGGCAGGCUUGUGGAGGGACCUGUGGAUCUGGACGUGUUUGUAAUUGACCAGAAUGACAACAGACCCAUUUUCAGGGAGACUCGCUAUUCUGGAGAGGUUCUGGAGGGCUCCCCUACAGGCACCACGGUGAUGACGAUGACUGCUUUUGAUGCUGAUGAUCCCAACACGGACAAUGCCGUCCUGCGCUACAUAAUUGUGAGACAGUCUCCUGAGAAGCCCUCACCAAACAUGUUCUAUAUUGACCCAGAGAGAGGUGACAUUGUCACUGUCAUCUCACCAUCCCUACUCGACAGAGAGACGCUGCCCACCACACAGUACGAGCUGGAGAUUGUGGCUAAAGACAUGGCAGGAAGUGAGGUUGGAUUGACAGGAACUGCCACCGCCACCAUCACCAUCACAGACAGAAACGAUCAUGCACCUGAGUUCACCCACUCACUGUUCCAGGCAUCAGUGGAUGAAGGCUCUAAAGGCAUUGUGGUGAACCUGACAGUGGAUGAUCGAGACGACCCCGCCACAGGAGCUUGGAGAGCCAUCUACUCCAUCAUUAACGGAGAUCCCAACCACAACUUUGCGAUCCACACCAACCCAGACAAUAACGAGGGCAUGCUGUCUGUGGUUAAGCCUCUAGACUAUGAAAGCAACGUGUUUCACACUCUGCUGAUAAAGGUGGAGAAUGAGGACCCUCUGGUUCCUGAUGUCAUAUACGGCCCAAGUUCCACAGCCACUGUGUAUAUCACAGUUGAGGACGUGAACGAGGGACCGGUCUUUUUCCCUGAUCCUCUGGUGGUCACCAAGUGGGAGAAUAUUCCUGUAGGCAGCUUUGUGGCUAUGCUCAAUGCCACUGACCCAGACUACCCUCAGGUCCAGAGCAUAAGGUUUGCAGUGCUGAGAGACCCAGCAGGUUGGCUCAGUGUAAACCCAGUGAAAGGCACAGUAAACACUACAGGCACGCUGGACCGUGAGUCUCCCCAUGUCCACAACAACCGGUACAGUGCUGUCUUCAUGGCCACAGACAAUGGUAACCCUCCUGCUACAGGCACCGGUACUCUGAUCAUCACUCUGGAGGACGAAAACGACAACGCGCCCUAUGUGGUGCCCUCAGUAGUACGGGUAUGUGAAGAUGCCAAGGAGGUGAAUGUGGCAGUGAUCGGAGCACGGGACAAAGAUAUCCACCCCAACACAGACCCUUUCAAGAUAGAACUUGGGAAACAGCUGGGUCUGGAGAAGACAUGGAGGAUGUCCAAGAUUAACAACACACAUUCACAGAUCAUGCUGCUGCACAGUCUGAAGCGAGCCAACUACAACCUGCCCCUGGUCCUGACUGACUCCGGCUUCCCACCACUCACAAACAACACAGAGCUCAAAGUGCAGGUGUGCACCUGUAAGAAGAACAGAAUGGACUGCAAUGGAGUCGGCUCUCUUCGAACAAAUCUGCUGCUGCUGCUUGGCCUGCUCCUGUUCUCCAUGCUCUGCUUGUAAAGCUCAAUCUGUCUGUUGCCCCCUUACAACACUGACGAGCAUCUCCCAGUCUGUGCCCCCAUCAAACCAAGACUGAGGCAACUGACAAGGACCUUUCACCACAUUUCAGAAGACACCUUUAACUCCAGGCCCCCAGUUUAUUUUGUCCAGCACCAUCAUAAUUUACCCAUCUCUGCCCCCCCCCCCCCCCCCCCCCUCACUCUCUCUCUCUCUCUUUCCCUUAUUCCUUCCCUGCACCAUCUUUCUCUCUCAUACCACUGGACACUGUCAUGGAUGCUACUGCCUGAAUGAACUCUCACUGGAUAAGGAUGUACCGGAUGGGGGAAAAGCAAUUAGACUUUCUGAUGUAUUUUAUUUGUCUCUGGUAAAAGAGUACUGUACGAAUUUGUUUACUAAUGUAAGGCGAGGACGUAAGGCGUGUUUAGUCUGCCGUGACUGUGGUUUCUUAGGGCAAGGUGGUAGCCAAAAGCCUUCAAAGUUUAAAGUCAAAUCUCUGGAGUCUUUAUUUUUUGUUUUGGUUUUUAUUGCAUUAGUUGUUAUGGAGUGGAAAAUAUCUUUAUAGUAACGGUGUGAAAUGGUGGUGGGGGUGGGGUUACAAUAUAUAUAUAUAUUUUAUUUUUUACCAUUGUACAAAUUUAUUGAUUAACUUAUGUAAUUUGACUGCAGUCAAUUACCCCUCCCAAAUAAAAGACAAAAAAACUGUAUCUUUUUGCAUAUUUUAGACACUGUUUUCAGUGCUGUUGAUGUAUUUCCUCUUUUUCAUGUAUUAACUCCAGUUUUUUUUUUUCCAAGAAUGUUUAGUUGAAUCUAGAGUCCUAAACUGGUUUGCAGACUGUUUGUCUGUCUAACCCGUGUUUUCAUGGCUCUGUUGGUAUGACACUUGUCUCGGCAUCCCCUUGCCUCCUGCAGAGAGGCCAAACAAGGCUGUCGGUUUGUCGGUUUGUAUUUUGCGCUUGUGAGAAGUGGAUCAAAAAAAAGAAAGAAAAAAAAAUAACAAAAUGUUUGUGGAUUUGUGGGAAAGACCCCUUAAGUCCUUAUAAAGCAAAGUAAACAAUGACGUUAUGAAUGAGUUAUGUGUGUCUUUUGCACUAAUUUAAUAAAGCCGUUACUGUACUUCCCACCA